UAAUAUUAAUAAUAAUAAUAAUAACAAGUAUUACUAUUCUUUUUGAAAUAUUCAAAUAUACUUGGAGUAUUGGUGUAUUGAAUUUAGUUGUGAAUAACAAACACUUGGAAAUAAAAAUUACAAAUACAUAUAUAUAUAUAUAUGAACAUAUUGCGUGGGUGUGUAUUUGUUAUUUUUCUAUAUUAACUACAAGGAGAUAAUAAUAUAAAUAAUAUAAUUUAAUUGUUCUGUAAUUGAAUUCAUUGAAUUUUAAUUAUUUCUAUAUACACGAUUUCUAUCAGAACCCAACGAUGUUCAGAAUAAAUAAAUCGGUGACUUUCACAUGUAUUGCACUGCUCAUUUGUCUUAUUUUACUAGUAAACAGUACACUGAGUAUGCGCACAAACAAUGAAAUAAUGGAAUUACCUGACAGUUAUUCACCAGAAUAUGAACGUUUAUGGUCAAGUCGACCAAGAUUCUUAUAUCCCAGUGCAUAUUUACGACCAUACAGAGCACCGUUUUAUCAAGAUACUAUAGAGAAAAAAAAUCGUAAAAUUGAUCAAUCAUUUUAUUCUUAUUAUGGUUAAAGAUUUUAUGUUUGAUCAAAUGUGUACGAUGGGUUAUAAUCAUCAAAUUACUUGAAACAUUGAAAAAAAAUAAUGGAUUGUCGACAUUUCAAACUUGUUUACAUUUUCCAUGGAAAUAUAAAAUUUCAUCAAUAAUCACAAUAAAAAAAAGUUUUGUUGUCUUAAAAAAUUUUUAAAAAACUGUUCUCUUUUUUUUCCACUAAAAUUCUUUACAAUAAGUUCUGCUUAUUAUAAUGUUUUGAAAUAGAAACAUGACUAUUGUAAAAG